UUUUUCUCCCUCUCCUGUUUGCCAUACAAAUAAUCGGAACAUCAAUUUGUGCACACCAAAUAGAAAUCAGAGUUAGAAAAUGAGUAACCAAACAGUAGUUUAAUAAUUUUGAAGUGUAUUUCUGUAUCACACGUGGUUGCUCCUUCUUUACCCAGUCAGCGCAUGGGUGUUGUGAUUCAUGUUUUAUUCGAUAAUUUUUGUUUUGGCUGAUGAAACAUCUGCCCUACGAACGCCCCGCGAUUGGUCACAUGAGCCCUGCUACUAGUGAGCACAGUUACUGUAAGAGCAAUAACACAGAAAAAAAGGAACAAACAUGAGUGACACACUGAACCGGCUGCCGAUUGUGGAUCCCACGGUCCGGAUCAUACCGACGAAGGAAUUGCGCAAGUUCAUCGGCACCAAACUGUCGGUGGCAUCGCCAUCAACCCCCGCCGCCGUGCGGGACAUCCACACUACAUUCAAUCCUGGCAAGCGGGCCACAAAAACAGCCAACAAACCGGGCAGUGAAGCGCAAACGGGGGCGAGUAUUGAUUUUACCGAGCAGGAGCGAACCAUCAUCGGUCACAUGGUGGCGGCGUCACUGAAGGGACAAGGGCCCGAAUUCGGUACGGUCGACCUGCUGCCAGCGGAAGACGACGAAACGGUGCAGCCGAACAAGGGCGACAUCACGCUGAACCUAGCCGAUCUGAAGUGGUUGUACGGGGCGCUGCGCGAUCUGCGCCAAACCGACCCGACCGUACCGUACCUGCACGCGCUGCUGGCCGGGUGCCGGCUGAAGCUGCCCGAAAAUCCGAUCUGCGAGCGCAACCCCGAGCUGGAGGCACGCUGCCAGCGGCUGCGCAAGGAGCAGGAGGACCGGGAGUAUCACCGGAUGACGAAGAACGUGGACAGCAUCCGCAAGCACAUGCCGGAGGAAACGAUAAGCUAUCAGAUGAAACAAAUCAACCGGCACCUGAUAGCGGUCGCCCAAUUUCUAUUUUCCGUUGCGGCCGGGUUCGCGUUUGGCUUCAUCGGGAUCGAGCUGCUCAUCGGGCAGCUAGAUUUUGGUUUCCGCCUGCUGCUGGGCAUCAUCAUUGCGCUCAUCAUCGCGCUGGCCGAAAUUUACUUCCUCGCGAAGAAGCUGAACGAGGAGUAUGAGCUACCACCGCCGCCCGCCCGUAUCACGAAGGAAGGUCCCAUCACCACCCCGAACGGGCCGCGAUUAACCGGCAAACAGCACCAGGAAUGAAGUGUGUUCGUGCGCGCAUGUGUGUGUGUGUGUGAUAGUUGUUUAUUGGAAAACAAAUAUUGAUAAAAAAUGCAUAUUCACCCCA